GUUGGCAGAAGACACAAGACAAGGUCGCCGUCUUAAGACAAAGUUCUCCUUCAACCAACCGCUAACCUCCCACCUCAACCAUCCCAACCAACUGUUAACAACCCAACCAUCGAAACACCCAUCUUCGGUCAGGUCAUGACCUCCUCCGACGACGACCCCACCAACGAAGAAAUUGUAGCCCUGUGGAAGCAGCAGAGAGCACGGGAGAAAGCCGCGGCACGGGAGAAAGAAGCUGCUGAAUUGAGGGUGGUGGCGGAGAGGGAGCCGCAGGAGUUAAGGGUGGCAGCUGAAUUGCGAGCGGCCGAGAGGGAGACGGAAACACCAAAGAGGGCCAGGCUGGAUGCCGAAACGGGACUGAGGCUGAGUGCGACCACUAAGGUGGCGGAGAGGGAGGCGGGGGAAUUAGGGGUGGCCUCUGAAUUGCGAGCGGCCGAGAGGGAGACGGAAACACCAAAGAGGGCCAGGUUGGAUGCUGAAACGGGACUGAGGCUGAGUGCGACCACUAAGGUGGCGGAGAGGGAGGCGGGGGAAGUAAGGGUGGUCUCUGAAUUGCGAGCGGCCGAGAGGGAGACGGAAACACCAAAGAGGGCCAGGCUGGAUGCCGAAACGGGACUGAGGCUGAGUGCGACCACUAAGGUGGCGGAGAGGGAGGCGGGGGAAUUAGGGGUGGCCUCUGAAUUGCGAGCGGCCGAGAGGGAGACGGAAACAUCGGAGAGGGCCAGGCUGGAUGCCGAAACGGGACUGAGGCUUAGUGCGACCGCUAAGGUCGCUGCGAAGAGGGGAGGCGGCAAGCAAAGAGUCUUGAAGGCGACAAAGGCAGUUGCGGCGGCAACCGCGGAGAAGGCGGAGACGAAAAACAACGAAACGGCAAUCCAACCGCACCCGGCAAUCCAACCGCACCCGUUCCCCACCCUAUCGACUUUCCAGUACGGACAAACCGCCUUUCCUGGCUUUUUUGGCGGCCAGACAAAUGGCUCUCCGUCGACAAAUGGGUUUCCGUCGACGAACCGUUUUUCCAGAUUCGUUCCUAUCCUUCCCGCGCCCGCCCCAAACGACAUCCCCGCCGCCACUGCCACGAACAUCAUUCCGAUCAAGAGCUUCGCCAAUCUGAAUCCCAUCAUCCCCAUCAGAGCCACGAACCCCGACCCCCCUAUGAACGCCGAUCCCCCUGCGAACCGUAAAAAGAGGAAACGGGCAGCUGCGACCGUUGCGGAACAGUGCACUGCAAAUCAAUUGGAAGAAAUGGCGGCGGACACGAAUGACGAGGACUCGAACGACAUCAUAUUCGUCCACAGUGAAAGUGACCUGGGGCGGCCACCUACAUCUGUCCCGGCACCCGUCGCCGCAACCGUUGCCGCAACCAUCCAUGAAACGAUCCGCACAAUGAUCCCUGCAACGAUCUCCGCACCGAUCCCCGCAACCAUCCCGGCGACCGUGCCCACACCCGACAUCCCACCCCGACAGGCGAAAAAAAUCAGGCUAUCGGAGCUUGCCCAAGUUCGUCAGCGAAACCACAGUGGUCAGUUCAUGAGGGACACGCCGAUCGAUAUCAACGUAUCAUCCGUUUUCAAUGCCGCCGGAAUCGUUGGGGAUCGUUCGAAUUACAAGUACACCAUGAUGAAGAGCAUCCUGCAUACAAUGAACGCCAUGGACACCUCCACUCUCACCAUGAUGCACGCAUUGUUGUUCUGUCCCUUCGAACAGGUGGUUCGAGAAGCACAUCUGCGAGUCAAUCGAAACCAUUAUCAAUCCGACCAAGAAUGGCAGGAUGGGAUCGAGAGUUUUAUAUCGGAAAUACAUCGGAGGAUGGUCGAACGGUUCAACAUGGAGUUGGAUUUGAUGCGGGGCGAUCGACUUAAUCUUCUCUCCCUGGUCUUGGCUGAACGUGAGCGCGCGUCGGAGGAGGAAUGUAAGGAGAAGGAGACGGGGAUGGAGGGCCAGCAGCGAAUGUAA